AAAAUUUUAAAUUUUUAAAAUUAAAAAAAAUUACUUUUAACUUACCAAAUAAUGGCAUAAGUUUCUAACACCUAUCGAAGACAUGUGUUAGAAAGAAAAUCUCUUGACCAGAAAGGAAAAAAAAAAGAAAAAAAGUACCGGUUCCUCAGUACAGCAUUGGAGAUUUCACGAAGCAUGGAAGCCAACAGGGGUCAGAAUGGAAUUCAACUCUUACUUGCUGUAGAGCAAGAAGCUCAGCAUAUUGUCAAUGCUGCUAGAAAUGAAAAAAUGGCUAGACUGAAACAAGCCAAAGAAGAGGCUGACAAGGAGAUUGCUGAAUUUCGUGCUCAAAUGGAAGCUGAAUUUCAGAGGAAGCUUGCUGAGAGCAGCGGUGACUCUGGUGCUAAUGUGAAGCGGUUGGAGCAAGAAACCGAGGCAAAGAUUGGUCACCUGAAGAAAGAAGCCGCAAGGAUCUCCCAUGAUGUUGUACAGAUGCUUCUGAAGCAUGUUACAACUGUGAAAAACUAGGAUCUUCCCUGGCCUAAGUAGACAGAUGUGUUCAAAUACUCUCUUUUGCAUGUACUUUUUGAACUUGAAGGUUGGAAUUCCAGCUUGGUGAGAAUGCUUGUAUUCAAUUGUCUAAUAUGUUUAUGACUUGUAUUGUUUGAUUAUGUUACUUUAUGCAAUAAUUAAAUCUCUUGUGAAAUAAA